AUGGAGUCUGUAACCCCGGUAGAAUCUCCUCAACAGAGCUUGGAAGAUGUCUCCUCUAUCAGCAGCAGACGCUCACCGAUGCUUGAACGUGAGUUGAUUAUUCGUCCUCGCGCUUCUCCACAUGAGGAGGAGUGUGACAGACGGAUCUUGAAUGAGAUAAAAAAGCGGCAAACGGAAUUUCGCGCAGCUGCCUUGCAGGCAAAACAGGUCGGAGACAUUGAACUGGCGAGGGCCCAACUGCGAACUUUACGUCAACUGGACCGGUGCAUUACCACCGUUGCAAUGGGAGCAAUCGUAGAACCGAAACAUAUCCCUCCGUCGCCGCGACUUAAUCCUGACUUCGAGGGACCCGUGUUAACUAUGGACGAGUGCGCUGGCAAUCCGAUUACAGUAUCGGAUCUCGAAGGUGCGAAAACUAACGAACAGCGCAGAGCUCUCCUUCGUGAAAUUCUCUCCGCCCAAGCAGAGGACGCCCUUGCGUCGGCCCAAUUGCAAAAGCGAACAGGUUGUGUCCAAGUGGCGGAAGAGCUGAACUCAUUGGUUUCCACAAUGCGAUCCGCAAUCAAUACGCUCAGAAAGCGCGACGUACAGCCAAUACAUAAGUUUCACACCGUUCGAUUACCCCGGUUAAAUAAAAACCUGCACCUCCGAGACGACCAGCUUCAAGUGCAAAUUGACUGGAUCGUCACCGACUGUGAGUCUCCAGGGAAGGUAUCCGACGUGACCACAUUUGUGCGAGUUGAACUGCACUUUCCUUCCGGAGAGGAAGCGCAGCAUCUGGAGACCGAGGAGUUCGGUGUGUUUGACAACGUGUCACGUGGCCAUGCAGACAUGCUUUUUCAAGUAAACACCGCCCACUGGUUCCACACCCGAUUUGUGGUACUGAAGGUGCACAUCAAGUAUGUUCCGAUGGUAUCCCAAGACCUCUAUUUUAUUAUCCAAAAUCUCACGGAGAACAAAGAUAAAGAAACCAUGCAGAAUGCGGCUAGGCCAUCGGUCAACUUGAUUCUUCAGGGCCCUCAGAUCGCGAUUGUCCAGAGGCCAUGGAUAAUGAUAGACACAGUGCAACCAAGAAAUGAUGACCCCCUCUCGUCCUUAAGGCAGUCAAGAAUAAAUGCCCAAGAAACUCACAUUCUUCUGCGGGAAUCCAAUGCAGAAUCUUGUGCCUAUCCUGAAGAGAGGAAAAGAAGAUCAACGGAAGGAAGUCCUUGUUCAUCAACUGGACCGGUUGUUCAAACAGACCUUACUCAACAACAUGCAAAUGAGAUGGAACACCAGGCUGCGAUGCACUCGACGGAUCAGUCGGAUAUCGCCGAAGCUACUGUUUUUGAAGGGUCCGGCGUGUCCCCUCAGUUCGGUAUUGUAGACUUAACACCCCAAUGCGAAAACACGGAGGGUCCGUCUCCCAGUUGUCCCACUGCCUCAAGAGAAGAGAGUCCGCACACAAAUCGCCGAAACUAUUCGCCAGAAAUAUCUCACUCGCUAACAAGCCAGGGAGAAUUUCGCCUGUCAGAACUGUUGGACACAGUCCAUUUGGAUGACGCUUCCAAGGAUCAGCAGGGCAAUGCAUAUUCACUUCGUGAUCAGAGUCAGCGAUUCGUAAAGCCGCAUUCCUCACUUAGUGCGAAAGCAGCAAGAUCUCCGCAUGUUGCCCAGCUGGGUGGUCUCGAAGAACAGCAGCAGCCAGCUGAGAAUCAUGCGAACCAAGGUAUUGAUCCCAUGGAGCUGGUCAGCCGUGACUGCCAACUCAGCGUUUUGGAAAAGGAGCUUGCUGUGUUUGCAUUGAGUUAA